ACAAUUAUCUAAAGUACGAGGAAAUCCCAUUUAACAUCUUCACGUCAUUUUGCUUUUUCCAAACCCCUUUCUUCCGACAUAUCUUCAAUUUAGACACCAACAGUCUAAGACUAUUUUGAUAACAAAAAUUGUACUUUGAGUCCGACCCAUUUUACAAGCUUCAAUUUGUACUCUAAGGUUCAGGUGACCUUUGUUUUUGGCUAUCAACAUCAACACGAGUUUCUUUUUUCUUUAUGCCCUCUCUACACCCAGUUAAGAAAAUAAGUAAGAUAAAUGGAAUCCACAAGCUCCAGAGUCAAUGUUCCGAACUCUAGACAAUCCUCAAAGCGUCUUCUGUUUGAUCGUCGCUAUGGAUGGGUAAUUGAUGAAUGGAAACAUCCAGCAGAGGAAGCACUUGACGGUGGCCGAGGAAUGUUUUGCAUACUCCCACUUGCCAAAAGUCUGGUGCAGAUGGCCUCACAAUCGAUAAAUCUUGGAGUUACCACAGCAAUAAAAGCUGCUGAAAAGCCACAGAUGUUUUCCUUGCAGAUGCUACAGAGUGCUCUUGAUGACGGUGUUCGCAAGUUUGUGUCGUCAUUGAAAGUCGGCAGGUGUAAAGGCUUCUUCCUCAACAAGAAUUCUGUGUCUCAUGGUUCCAACAGCUCCUCCAACUUCCAUUCAGAAAGCAACCAAUGAGGAAAGGCACAGAAUUGGAUUCUGGUCAAAAGUUUGUGUUUUACUCGUGCAACUAUGCUUUAAAUUAUCAUACUAGAAAAACCUUAAUUAAGCACAUAAUGAAUUAUCAUUUAUCAUCAUCACGUGAUUAUGUACAAGUAAUUUCUAUGUUAAAAUUGAAAAUGUGGUUAAAUUGUUUUGUAUAAAUUUUAACAUGUUUUCCUA